AUGAAGUUACUCUUAUUUAUUAAAAUUGUCGCCUUUGUCCUAUUAACUUGGAUCUCCCAAUUUUAUAAUGAUUCUAGCAAGUGGAACACAUGUUUUGAAGAGAAAUACAAACAUGAUACAAUAUUGUGUGGAAGAUAUUAUCGAUUACUAGCAAAAUGUACAAAGGAUAAGUAUUCAAGUAAUGUACGUUUAAUACGAGAGAUACCAAAUAACGGAAUACAAGAAAAAUAUAAUGUACAUGAGAGCGAAAUGGGGGUCACAGGAAAAAAGAAAAUAUCACGUAGAACUUCAUUAAAGAAUGAGAAAUACCAUAAAAAUCUUAUGAAAAAUAAAUGCUGUAUAUUUGAAACCAAAAAAUAUUCCCAUUUAGAAAAAAAAAUAUUCAAGGAACUUGAUUAUGAGAAUUAUCUUAAAAACAAUAGGACGAUUAGUGAUAAACUUUACAAAAAAAUAAUAUGUAAAAAGUACGGAUUACGACUUGCAUUACCUUUAUUAAUGUUUGUUCUGUUACCAAUAUCCUUCAUAUUAGAUUAUUCUUGUUCUAAUGGGUUUAUAAAUUGGUUAUUUUACUUUUUGACAAUGUUAACACCAGACUGGAUAAACAAUUUUCAUGAAUUUCUGAGGACUUCUUAUUUAGGUUGGUUCUUCAAGAAAGGGAAAAGCAUUGUGACAUCAGAAGUAGUAAGAGAAUUGAGAGGAAAGGUGACAAAGGUAACUGAAUCAUAUGUAAGCAGUUUUUUUGUUUAUCUAAUUUAUGUCCUACCUUUCAUUAUAUUGGGUAUCACACUUAUAUUAUGGAUUGUUUAUUACCAUAAAAAAGUUAAAAAAUUUGAAAAUAUCAAGUUCACGAAAAAAUAA